GUAAAAAAAGGAAAAUGUGAGGAUUUUGAAUUUUUUGCACGGUAGCAGAUACAGUGCGUGUGAUAGGCGGACACUGUUAGGCGCGCUCCUCCUGGAUGAGCUCAUUUCUUUCCCUCAUGGUUCUGAGAGUGUUACUGUCAUGCCCAUUCUCAGGACACGGACGCAGAGAGACGGGUAAGCAACUGCCCAGAUCCUGCAGUGAGCGAGCAGCAAGGCUGAGAUGGAACUUGGGAAAUCCCUCUCGAGUUGGGGCUCUGGACCCCUUGGGCUUUACUCAACAUCAGAGUCUCCCUGUCACUGUUUGCACAGCCAGACCGCUCCUGGCAAGCCCUGUGCUAGGGCUGGAGGUGCAGGUGUGAGAUAGAGUUACACAGAGCAAGGGGCCGCCCCCCAGCCUGGGGGCGAGAGCACCAGGAGAGAGUGCCCUCGGAAGCGGACAUCUGUAGGAUGAGUAUAGGGCAGGGUUUCUCAACUGCAGCACUCGUGGAUGUUUGCGGAACAGAUGAUUCUUUGUUGCGUGUGAUUGUAGGAUGCUUGGCAGUAUCCCUGGCCUCUACCCACUAGAUGUCAGGAGCAUCCCCUCCUCCAGCUGUGACAGCCAAGAAGUCUCUAGAUAUAACCAAACGUCCCCUACAGGGCAGCAUUGCCCCUGAUUGAGAACCACUGGAAGAGGAGAUAGGCAGGUGGAGAAUUGGAGGAAGAGAAGAAUGUUCCAGGCAAAGGGAGCAGCAUGUGCAAAGGCCCUGUGGCCAGAUAGAGCAUGGUGCUUAGCAACUUAGCAGUCCGGUAGUGUGUCUGGUGCAUAGAGCAUAUGUGGCCCAGAGAGGAGAGGCUGGGCCAGAGGCCACAGCACUUGGGCUAGGUCUUAUAAUCACACGGAGGAGUUCGGACUUAAUCUUGCGGGCAGGGGAGAGCUAUGGAAGUGCCUGGAGAAAGGGAGUGGAAGGAUCAGCUCUGACUCUCUUUGUAAGUGGAGGAAGGACAGAGAGUUGCACAGAAGGCAGGUGACUUGGCCACGAUCCCACCUGGGAGAGUGGGUGGGAGAGCUUGUGCUCAGACCCUGGGUCUCCCUCUCAGUGAGUCUGGGGGCAUCCUGGGAGGGAGGGGGCAGGAUACACACCCUGUCUUCUCUUGGCACAGCAGCAAGAUGACCUGGGAACAGCUUUCCAGACGUGGAUGGACACAAAUGGAGCACUGAAAGCAGAGGGUUACAACCAUCCGGACCGGCUGGUGCUGGACCAGGGAGGGGAGAUCUUCAAAACCUUACACUACCUCAGCAACCUCAUCCAGAGCAUUAAGACGCCCCUGGGCACCAAAGAGAACCCCGCCCGGGUCUGCCGGGACCUCAUGGAUUGUGAGCAGAAGAUGGUGGAUGGCACCUACUGGGUGGAUCCAAACCUUGGCUGCUCAUCUGACACCAUCGAAGUUUCCUGCAACUUCACCCAUGGUGGACAAACGUGUCUCAAGCCCAUCACAGCCUCCAAGGUCGAGUUUGCUGUCAGCCGGGUCCAGAUGAACUUUCUGCACCUGCUAAGCUCUGAGGUGACACAGCAUAUCACCAUCCAUUGCCUUAACAUGACCGUGUGGCAGGAGGGCACGGGGCAGACCCUGGCCAAGCGGGCUGUGCGCUUCCGGGCCUGGAACGGGCAGAUCUUUGAAGCAGGGGGUCAGUUCAGGCCGGAAGUUUCAAUGGAUGGCUGCAAGGUAACCCCUGGGGCCCCUCAUAGGCCCCUCAUGCACGGACAAGUUGAAAAGAUGUGUUUUAUUAUAAAAUAGUGUAUGACAGUUAGUGUAAUGCAUACUGGUAUGCUACAUGAGUACAUCAUAUCAUAUAGUAUAUGGUAUUAGUCUAAUAUUGCUAAAUACACAUAAUUUUUAUCUUUGUGUAAUAAUUUUAUUACAACAGUUUUAUAAAAUCCCUUUUAUUCACUAUCCUCUCUGGGAAACUUCUGAGAGAAGAUCGGCUGAUAAAAAUUCCACAGCCG